UUUUUUAAAAAGAAAGAAAAUUAUAAUUUAAUCAUGACAAAGAAUUUCUUAACAUAUUUUUUAUUAUGGAUUCUAAUUCAAUUAUUAAUUAGAGGAAAUUGUCAAUCAUAUUAUAUAUUUUUUCCAAUGAAAAGACAUGAUCAUACUGCUACAAUUAUCGAUAAUAAAUUAUAUAUUUUAGGAGGAAGCGGAUAUAAUGGUGACCAUGAAUUUUUCUAUCUCGAUGUUUCAAAGAAAUUUAAUACUAAAAAUUUAUUAUGGAAAGAUUUAUCGUAUAAUAAUAUUGUUCCUUCACAUUAUGGCGCAACAUCAGUCGUAGGUGGUGUAAAUAAUAAUACUUUGUUCUUAUAUGGAGUUUAUAAUAGUGCAAUGGCUUUGGUUUAUACAUUCGAUCCAAAAUAUAAUAAAUGGGACAAUCCACAAAUAAUUGGUGAUAAUACUAUUAGAAAGCAAUUUUUGACUGGAGUUAUAGCUAACAAUGGGAAAAUGUAUUUAUUUGGUAAAACUUUACCAAAUGGGUUAGUAUUUAAUGAUUAUUCAAUAGAUAUGGAUAUGCUUAUUUUAGAUACGAUAAAUUUAAAUUGGGAAAAAGGAAGCUUAUUUAAUGCUCCUACUGGAAGAGGUGAUUAUGGUGCUACCUUAUUACCCAAUCAAAUUAUCCUUUAUAUUGGUCGUUUUGACAUUGAAGGAGAAUCGGCAUUCCGUAGGAUAUAUCUAUAUGAUACAAUUCAUAAUAGCUGGAGCAAAAAGUUAACUUCAGGAGAUAUAGUCCCUUCAAAUAGAGAUUUUUUUUCUGUCGUUCUUGGUUUGGAUGGUAAUAGUGUGAUAAUGUUUGGGGGAAGAGGAAAAACAAAUCUUCCCAAGACAGAUGCACUUUAUGUAUUAAAUACAAUAAAUUUUAAUUGGUAUAUUCCAAAGGUUACUGGAGAUAUUCCAAGAUCUAGAUUUUGGCAUAAAGCAAAUGUAAUGGACAAUUAUAUGCUUAUAUCAUUUGGUUGCUGUUAUAAUCGACAAGAUGAAAGUGAUAUUUUAUUACUUGAUAUUAGUGAUAAUAAAGAAUUCAAAUGGGUAACUGAAAAUUAAUGAAAUAUAUAUAUAUAUAUAUCAACUCCUGAAAAAUGAAGAUUAUAAAAUUUCUUUU